CCCCUGUCAGCAUUGUCCAGUGGUGCGGCCACGAUGCGCCGGAUACUCUGGAUGGCGAUGGCCCUGUUCUCCCAUGCGAGGGCCAGCCCGAGCUUCCUCGGGCAGGCCCAGGAGCAGCAGGGCGGAGGAGCUGCGACGUCAGGCGGAGCAGCCAUGACGAUCGACCAGAGCUCAACGACGGUGGCGACUACAGCCAGCACGUCUCAGCAGCCCCAGCCCGCCAUGCCGAGCCAGGUGCCGCCCCGGCUCAUGACGUGGGCUCAGGCCCAGGGGGCCGCCUCCGGGGCCGAGACCAGCAGCGGCCUCCAGCGGUCAUCCGCCCUUCCCAUCGACGCCGUGGGCAGCGACGGCCAUGGCAGCGGGUCAGCCUCCGCCAAGUGGGGCUGCCGCUGGAGCCGGAGGCCAGACUGCAACCGCUCGCAGCUCAUCGGGCACGGCAACCAGUACGGCACAGGCCAGAGGGGUCAGUUCGGCGGGCUCAAGACGUCGUUCACAAAGCGAGACGAAAACGAGACG